ACCAUAUGAUCGAUGCGCAUACAGCCAGCGGGGUCGGCCCAGCAGGAGAAUAUGCAAUGUCCAGGAACCAGUCUCGAGGUCAGAUCCCCUUUCCUUUCUCCCUAACACCCACAAGCCCGCGAUUCUGGUAGCUAGGUUUCGAGCUUCUCUUCUGGAAAUCAAACUAAAGCUGUGACACGACGAUGGCGCAAAGGCUUCAACAAUUUGCUUCUCACCUCGAUCCGCGCACAUGGUCAGGCAAAGGUUUGGCCCACGCCAAGCUGAAGAACGAUGACGAUGUGGUCAUAGUGGCGACAGGCAGAACGCCCUUCUGCAAAGGGUUCAAAGGUCAGCUCAAAGACACGCCCUUCGACCUGCUCUGCCUUGAAAUCUUCAAGGGCAUCAUUUCCAAAUCUCAGGUCGACCCCAAGCUCAUCGAAGACGUCGUGGUGGGGAAUGUGAGGAACGACUUCAACGCGUACCACAUUCGAGCUGCUGCUCUCGCCGCCGGCAUCCCCAACUCAAGUCCCACCCUGGUUGUCAACCGCUUCUGUUCCAGCGGUCUCAUGGCUAUCCGCACCGUUGCAAACCAGAUUCAGACGGGCGAAAUCGACUGUGGACUGGCGGUCGGCAUUGAAUCGAUGAGCCAAGGCCCCUCGCCAAAGCUCAACUUCUCGCCCGAAGUGGAGAAUGGAAGUCAGGAAGCGUUCGACUGCAAGUACCCCAUGGGCUGGACAAGCGAGAACGUUGCAGGCGACUUUAACAUUUCGCGGGAGAGGAUGGACGCCUGGGCGGCGCAGUCGCACCAGCGGGCAGCAGCAGCGCAAGCCUCGGGUACAUUCGACGCAGAGAUAAUUCCAAUCACGGCAAUCGAAAAGCAGGGCGAAGCGCGAGUGCACAAAGUAGUCUCUGCAGAUGAUGGCAUUAGAUCAAACAGUUCUGCGGAGAGCUUGGCAAAGAUCAAGCCUGCCUUUCCCCAGUGGCAACCGGCUCAUACCACUGGCGGCAACGCAUCACAGAUCACGGACGGUGCGGCUGGCGUAUUGCUUAUGAGACGUAGCUUGGCCAACAAGCUGGGCAAGAAGGUCAUUGGCAAGUACGUGUCUACCGCAGUCAGCGGUCUUGCUCCGAGGAUCAUGGGCAUCGGUCCUAGUCUGGCUAUUCCGAAAGUGCUCGAGCUGAGCGGCAUCUCCAAGGACCAGGUGGACCUGUUCGAGAUCAACGAAGCUUUCGCUUCGAUGAUCGUCUAUUGCAAGGACAAGCUCGAGAUUCCGGAUGACAAGCUGAAUGUGAAUGGUGGAGCAUGCGCUCUCGGUCAUCCGCUUGGUGCAACUGGUGCGCGUCUGGUCGUGACAAUUUUAAACGAACUGGAAAGGCGCAAUCAGCACGUCGGCGUCGUCUCCAUGUGCAUUGGUCUCGGUAUGGGCGCUGCUGCCGUAAUCCUUCGCGAAGACUAAGGAUUGUCUGGCCAAGUAGCUCGCUCCUUACGAAUGGGGCUUGGCGCCUGCGAUCGGCAGAUGUAGGGUUAAGCUACUGUAUUCAUCAUUGCCCCAAUUUCUCAGAGUGUGCGCAGCUGAAGAUGCAAUUGUUGCAGCUGGUGUGGGGCGGGGAUGUCGCAAAUAUGGGCAUUCUUCACUCUGAUUGAGAUUCGAGCAGCAUUUGAUCAGGAGCAGAGGCAUCGCUUAGUCUCUGUGAAGC